GAUCCAGAAAUUGCCACACAUGGAGGUGAAAACUCAUCUGGAAGAUGUCUGUUGACUCUGCUGGGUCUAGCGUUCAUCUUGGCAGGAGUUGUUGUGGGUGGAGCCUGCAUCUACAAGUACUUCAUGCCUAAGCAUAAGGUGUACCGUGGUGAAAUGUGUUACUUUGAAAAUGAGAACCGUGAUCUUGCCGUAGAACCUUAUUUCCUGCCUAUUGCUGAAGAAGCUGACAUCAGAGAAGACGAUAACAUCGCCAUCAUUGACGUGCCCGUCCCAAAGUUCUCGGACAGUGAUCCAGCAGCGAUCGUCCACGACUUCGACAGGCUUCUCACGGCGUAUCUUGACUUGCAACUGGGAAACUGCUACGUGAUUCCUCUGAACACAUCCAUCGUUAUGCCGCCACGCAAUCUGAUGGAUCUCUUUGCGAAGCUGGCGACUGGCUCUUACUUGCCUCAGACUUACCUUGUCCGUGAAGAAAUGGUGGUUACAGAGGAGAUAGAUAACGUGUCUGAUUUGGGUAUCUUCAUCUACCAACUCUGUGUUGGAAAAGAGACAUUCAGACUUCAGCGUAGAGACCAGAUAACAGGUCUGCAGAAGCGCUCAGUGGAGAACUGCCAUUCGAUCAGACACUUUGAAAACUCUUUCGUUGUUGAAACAAAGAUCUGUCAGCAGUGAAAGGUGUCGGAUGGGAGGUGACUAGUUCACACCUUCGUUGAGAAGUCUGAGCAUUACACGUCGACUUCUUAAAUUCAAAUGUGCAGUGAUAAUCAAAA